AUGUUUUUAUCUUUUUUCUUGAAGACAGCAUUAUCAGGAACUAUAGUUGCAGACGUCAAAGGAUUUAAAAUCACAUGUACUAUAUUAUCUGAUACAGAAAUAGCUAUUGGAGACGGAAACAAAAAUGCUUUUGUAGAAUAUAUAAAACCGAUUACUAAUUUUACAUUACCAGAAACUGCACUCUAUAACAACAAAGAAUAUAAGAUUGCUGAAGUAUCAUCUUAUGCUUUUACAGAAUCGCCAUUUAAUAAAAUCGUAUUUCCAGCAUCUGUGAGGAAAAUCGGAUCAUAUUGUUUCUUUGGAUCCGAAAGGUUAGAGAUACUAUCCAUUUCUAAGUGCAAAAUUACAGAAUUGCCACCUUAUAUUUUCGCAGAUUGCCCAUUGCUUGAGACAAUCUUAUGCUCAAAACAAGUUCACGAAAUUGGAGAAGGUGCUUUCACCAAUACAGGAAUCACUUUCAUUCAUGUUCAGUCGCAUUUUCAAGUUGUCAAUCCGAAAGCAUUUUCAGGAGCAAAAUUAACCGAAGUAGAUCUUUCCACUUGCUCUCUUACAUCUCUUAGUGAGUCAAUGUUCGAAAAUUGUUCAGAUUUGACCGAUAUUAUUUUUCCAAAUUCAUUAGAAUCAAUUUCGCCAUACGCAUUUGCACGCUGCGGACUUAAGAAACUUACACUACCAUCAUCACUUAAGUCAAUUGGGCACCAUGCCUUUCAUUCUUGCGAAUAUUUGGAUUUUAUUGACAUUUCGAACUGCAACUUACAAAAAAUAGAGCCAUAUUUAUUCUCCCUCUGCACAUAUCUCCAAAGUGCAGUACUUCCUGAGAAAAUUGUUGAAAUCGGAGCGUUUUCAUUUGCAAAUACUUCAUUAUCUUAUUUCAAACCAAACGAAAACCUUCAAAUCAUACGUGAAAGAUGUUUCUUAGGCUGCAGGAAGCUCUCCGUUGUUGAUUUAUCAGAUUCUCUCUGUCAUACAAUCGAAUCUUACGCUUUUGCCGAUUGUUCGAGCUUAGAAACGUUCCAAAUGUCCACAACAUUAGUCAACAUCGAAGAUUACGCCUUCAUGUCCACAAAAUUGACGAAAUUUAGUUCAGUAAUCGUUCAAUUUCUCGGAAAAGGCGUUUUCUCAUCGAUUCGGACACUUAAAUCCAUUGAUUUGUCCAUGACUCAUCUAACUGUUAUUCCUGAAUUCCUUUUCAAGGAUUCUUAUUCACUUCAUUCGAUUUUACUUCCAGAAAGCCUCAGAACGAUCAAAGAUGGUGCUUUCAGUGGAACAAAAAUCACAGAGAUACAUAUUCCAAGCUCAGUUUAUAAAGUUGGACCAAAAUUAUUUGAAUCUUGUGUAAACCUUGAAAAACUUGACUUAGGGUUUACAAAUAUCACUGAAAUACCAGACAACUUUUUGGGUGAGUGUAGCCGAUUGACAAAAAUCAUUCUUCCUCCUUUUGUUGAGUCGAUUUCCCAAACUGCCUUCAUUAUGUGCUCCCAAUUGAAGGAAAUAUACUACUUAGGACACAAAUUGUUACCUGAAGGAAUUCUGUUCCCUCCGAAUUCGAAUAUUUAUGUAUCUCAAAAAUAUAAGUCAAAGAAAUACGGAAUCAAGGAUAUUCAUGUUACAACAGACAUGAAUAACUAUAUUCCGGUAUCAAAUGAAGCUUUCAACCCAGAGAAACAAAUUUCAACAUCAAAAAUUUCAAAUUCAACGAUGAGAUCAAGAAAAAUCCUCUGGAUAUGGAUACUAGCUGCUGUGUUCAUUUCAUAUUUCGUCUACACUCAUUUCUUGGCGAAAUCUGUGUUCAUUAGAAGAAAUCUUUUGAAUCCAGCCAGGAAAACCCUCGAGAACCAAGGUCUAUAUGCCAAACCUGACCAAUAUAUCUUAUAA